UGAAAUAAAUAACUGUAGUAGAAUGGUUUUCUAUUGAGUGUCAGAAAACCAGAACCAAAGUAAUCACUCUAACCAAUCACAAAGUACCCAGAUAAUCUACUACACCAAUCAAAGCUCCAAGUAAUUACACGUAGCUGACACAAAGCACAGGAAAAUGCGUGUGAGUAAAUCCCGAUUGGUUUUGGUUUUACUCCUGAUUGGAUGAAAAAGUGGCGUGAGGUUUUUAAACCAAUCCGGUGGCGUAGUAAGUGCAAUACCAAUUACCUUUUCUAUACUCUAAGAAAAAAAAAAUGCUCUAAAACUAAAACCAAAACCGAAGUAAUUGCAUGAUUACUUUUGACACUCAAUGGCACACUGCUCUAGCUUAUACAUUAGUACAGAUGCCAUAAUAUUAAUAACGACAUGGAUUGUUUCAGGUGGCAUCAUGUGGAAUCAACAAUGAAUGGUGGAAUCACAACGUCUGUCAACUUCUGGUACAAGGCUGGUCCAACACCAAGCCAUAUCAACUAUCCGCUGACUGCUCAACAGAAAGUUGCAGUCAUGAGGAACAUUGAGAGGAUGCUGGGAGAAGCAUUAGGUGAUCACCGCCAGGUAAAUCUACUCUCCACCAUGUGCGUGUGGUGUCACUCUCUAGCAUUGUGGCCUGUUUCUAACUUGUCUGAUGGUAUUACAUGAAUCUUGUAUGGUCACACUGCUGAGAACAGGAGGGUUUUUUAUGCACUGCCAGGAUGCUAUCAGAGGCUUUUAAAAUUAGUUGAACCAAGAUGUUCAAAUGAACAAUAAAGGUUAAUCAGUGCAUACAAUGGAUAAUGAAGGCUCUAUAACAAGCUAUAUUGAGCGCGCACUGUAUCAUAGUAUG